AUAACAGCUGCAUUAUAAUUUAAACGAUAGGAUUCAGUCUAGCUUGUGAUCUCCAAGCUAACAAUCGUUUAAAAAAAAUUAUAUGGAUAGUUAAAAUGAAUUUAAUUACGAACGUUUUUAUAUUGUUAUUUGGAAUAUAUGUUUGUGAAGCUGCCUACGGUACUCCAUCGGUAGAACAAUAUGGACAAGCGGACGUUCAAGCGCCGCCAUACGUGCCGUCUUAUAUGAAAAACCCGUCAUUUACGAAGAAUCAACCGAGUCACUAUGGUAGAAAAACAUAUACUAAAACCGGCGGUACUAAGACUGGCUACGCUGGCACUAAAACUUCGUAUGCCGGCACUAAAUCCGGUUUCAGCUAUGCUGGUACUAAAAAUGGGUUCGGUGUAUCGAGGUCCUGGCUUCCUUCGGCGGGAAUACCAUCAUACGGUGAUUUUUCCAUCAACGCCAACCAACCAUACACGAAUCUCUGUGACAUUGAGUGCAAGAACAACGGCAUCUGCAUCGCGAAAAACACGUGCUCGUGUCCUCCGAACUUUCAAGGGAAGUACUGCGAGUUCGAGAAAAAAGCUUGCCUCGCCUUCCCCCCUUUGCCAAUGAAUUCUAAAAGGAAAUGUUCGUCUGAGUUAUGUACAAUAACUUGCUUGGAAGGACAUAAAUUUAUUGACGGAUCAACAAUCGCGAACAUGAAAUGCGUUGGAGGUCAAUGGCGACCGACUCGUGCUGAUCUAACAUCGAUACCCGAUUGUCAACCGGAGUGCGACCCUCCUUGUUUGAACGGUGGAGUAUGUUUGUCAGUGAACACGUGUCAGUGUCCCGCUGACUAUAGAGGUCCUCAGUGUCAAUACUCUGCUAGUGCCUGCGAAGUCCGUAAAUUGGCAUUUAACGGAGGCUAUAAUUGCAAUGGCAAUAGUGAAAAGUUCUCGUGCAAGCUGUCUUGUCCAAUCGGAGCUUCGUUCAGUACCCCAGCAGCUGAAAGGUACACUUGCUAUUACUCCACUGGAGUCUUCGAACCACAACCCAUACCGCACUGCGUGUUUGAGGAUGUUAUCGUAAUCACCCCUUCGAAUUAUCACAAAAUUCCAACUUUAUCUCACGUAAAAUCGCCGAAUACUACCGAAACAACUCCCUACGAACUCACCACCCAUGGAGCCGGAAAAUAUGGUCAUAGCAAAAAACCAAUUAACAUUGUCAUACAAGACUUUACCCCGAAAGGUGGUAGUUGCUUGACUUGGGCUGGCGUCCACUAUAAGACAUUUGAUGGAAAGAUUUACAGUUUCCAAUCACCCUGCAAGCACAUUUUAGUCCGUGAUGCCGUGGACCAUAAGUAUACCAUAGCUAUCAGACAUCCAGAAUGUGAACGACAUAUUUACUGCCCGUCUGAGAUCAUCAUCUACUUGGAAGAUAAGAUGUACGCACUCAGUAUUGCUGAGGAUGGAUCAGUGGUCUUCCGGAACAGUAAACGUAUGAUCCCAAUACCAGCCUUCCUACCGGGCAUCAGGGUAUCCAUGCCUAGUGACCACGUAGUCGUCAACUUAGACGUCGGCGUGACUCUCAAAUGGGAUACCAACGAUCUGGUGUUCAUUGAAGGAUCAGUUCUGUUGUGGAAUAAGACUGAGGGUCUAUGUGGCACCCUCGAUGGUAACCCUGAAAACGAGAUGAUGACGAAGGAAGGAAACGUAGCGCAUACCAAGUCUGUCAUGAUUGCUUCUUGGGAACUCAAUAAAAUAGGAGACAUUUGUGACAGCAGCCCCACUGAAGUGAGCGCGUGUUCCUCUAAAUCAAACGCAGAUAUGAAGGAAGCACUUAAAUUUUGCACUAAAAUCUUCAGCAAGGAUAAGUUCAGGAAGUGCUCGACGGUCAUGGACGUGUCACAACUUUUAGAGGUCUGUCAGUGGGACUACUGCGCUUGUACUUCCAGUUUGAGUCCAGAGGAGUGCGCUUGUAAGACAGUGUCUGUCUACGCUAAGGAGUGCCUCAGACACGGCGUCCAGGAGAUGAAAGCUUGGAGAGACUCUGAAACUUGCCCGAUGAAAUGUCCGGAGGGCAAGAUUUACAAGGCAUGUGGCUCGGACACGCAGCCCAGCUGUGCCUUGUCUGAAGUAACGUCUAAGGACAAUUCCACUUGUGUGGAAGGGUGCUUCUGUCCUGAAGGUCUUCUACUGGAAAGUGGUCGUUGUAUCCCGAAAAACGAAUGUCCGUGCCGUGUGAGGAACCAGAACUUCCCACCAGGAACUGUUAUGCCAAAAGACUGCAACACCUGUACGUGUCAAUCUGGAGAAUGGACGUGUACCAAAGUGCCGUGUGGAGCCCGCUGUGGUGCAGUGGGAGACCCGCACUACACCACUUUCGAUGGACUGAGAUACAAUUUCAUGGGACACUGCUCUUACACCCUCAUGAAGACUGACAACAUCACCAUUGAUGUGGAGAACGUCGCUUGUUCUGGCGCCAUCACUGAGGCUAUGAACCUAGUUCCCUACAAGGGUGAAGGCAAGCCAUCUUGCACGAAAGCAGUUAACCUUGCGUACAAUGGAGCCAACAUCCAUCUCAAGCAAGGCGGAUUUAUUCUCGUCAAUGGAAAGGAAGUCAACUCUCUGCCAGUCAGUAUUGGAGAUAUUAAGAUACGUGCAGCAUCAUCACUUUUUAUCAUCAUUCAUUUGCCGAUGAAAGUAGAUUUAUGGUGGGAUGGAAGUACGAGAGUAUUUGUGGAUGUGCCACCGUCGUUCCACGAGCAGACGAAGGGUCUCUGCGGUACCUUCAACUUGAACCAAAAAGACGACUUCCUAACUCCCGAAGGUGACGUGGAACAAUCAGCUCUCGCGUUCGCCAAUAAGUGGAAAACUAGGGAGUUCUGUGACGAUGUCGCUGUCAAAGAACCGGAAAACCCUUGCAAAGUGAACGUUCAGAACAAGGAUAGCGCUGAGAAGUAUUGCAGCCAGCUGAAGAGCAAGUUGUUUGAAUCGUGCCACUGGUACGUGGACGUGCAGCCGUUCUACGAGAACUGCGUGUACGACAUGUGCGCGUGCGCGGACGACGUGUCGCGCUGCCUGUGCCCCGUGCUCGGCGACUACGCGACCGCGUGCGCGCGCGCCGGCGUGCACGUGCAGUGGCGCUACAAUGUCAAGGAGUGCGGUGAGUGCGCCGCUCUGUCGCACUUGUACACUUGUGUCGCCUGUUCAAUGAAUGAGCUAAACCCGGCCGCCGCUGGCGCAGAGCUGCAGUGCGGCGGCGGGCAGCAGUACACGGUGUGCGCGGACAGCUGCCUGCGCACGUGCGCGGACGUGGCGCUGGCGGGCGGCGCGUGCCGGCCCGCGUGCGUCGAGGGCUGCGCGUGCGCCGCGGGACAGGUGCUGGAUAACAACAACGUAUGUGUACCAGUGGCGUUGUGUCCAUGCUACCAUAAGGGAAUGGAGUUCAAACCCGGCUAUAAGGAAGUGAGAGCUGGCAAACGGGAGCGAGAGCUAUGCACAUGCGUUGGAGCCCGCUGGGACUGCGCGCCGGCGAGCCCCGAACAGAUCCAGAACUACCCGCCGGCGGAGGACGUGCGCAGCUCCUGCAGCGCCGCCGCCAACUUGGAGUUCACCACCUGCGAGACCAAGGAGCCGCUCACUUGUAAGAACAUGCACUUGCCACAAACGGCCGUGUCACAAGAAUGUCGUCCAGGAUGUCAGUGUAAGAAAGGCUACGUACUCGACGCUUCGGCGAAAAAAUGCGUGGUACCAACCGAUUGUCCUUGCCAUCAUGGCGGCAGAAGCUACCCAGACGGUCACACGAUGCAAGAGGAAUGUAACACGUGUGAAUGUAAGAGUGGAAACUGGACGUGUACCGAUCGUAAGUGCGCUGGUGUUUGCGGCGCGUGGGGCGACUCACACGUGACCACCUUUGACGGACAAAGUUACGACUUUGAAGGCGUCUGCACUUAUCUCCUCGCCAAAGGAUCUACGGAUGGCAAGGAUGGAUUCUGUGUUGAAAUACAGGUAAGUUUGCUUAGUUUUGAUAGGGUGUGCUCAUUUAACGAACCAUGUGGUACUACUGGCGCGACUUGCUCCAAGUCGGUUACCCUCCGAGUUGGCGGUGGAGGUCCUGAUGAAGAAGUCGUCUCAUUGACUAAGAACGCUCCACUUCCGGACACAUCUAAGCUGAAACGGAUAAAGCUACGUACAGCCGGCGCCUACGUGUUCCUGGACGUACAAUCGCUUGCCCUUAGUCUGCAAUGGGAUAAAGCGAUGCGUGUCUAUGUCAAACUGGACACGAUGUGGCGGAAUAGGGUCAAAGGACUUUGCGGUAACUACAACUCAGAUAUGCGAGAUGAUUUCCAAACUCCCUCUGGCGGCGGCUUUGCGGAGACUUCGCCUCUUCUCUUCGCUGACUCCUGGAAACUAAAGCCUACGUGUCCCAAGCCCGUGGAAGUUACCGAUCACUGCAAGGAGCGCCCUCACCGCAAGGGCUGGGCGUCGAGCAUGUGCGGCGUGAUGAAGCGUGCGCCGUUCGCGGCGUGCCACGCGGAGGUGCCGGCAGACGCGUUCGUGGCGCGCUGCGAGGCGGACGCGUGCGCGUGCGACGCGGGCGACGACUGCGGCUGCGCGUGCGCCGCGCUCGCCGCCUACGCGCACGCGUGCGCCGCCCGCGGCGUCACCUUCAAGUGGAGGACGCAGGACUUGUGCCCAAUGCAAUGUGACGAGGAAUGUUCUAACUAUAAUGAGUGCAUCUCGCCCUGCCCACCUGAAACUUGUGACAACACUCUCGACUACGCAGAGAUCAAAUCCGCUUGUGAAAAGGACACUUGCGUUGAAGGUUGCAAGCCCAACAAGACGUGUCCCGAGGGCACCAUCUACUCCAACUCUUCGUUAAAGGAAUGUGUCCCUCGUGCCAAGUGUAAACCAGUCUGCAUGACCCUUGAGGACGGGCGCGAGAUAUUGGAGGGAGAGGUCAUAGAGCAAGACGCCUGCCAUACGUGUCGCUGCUCCAAGAAGGAGAAGAUCUGUACUGGACAACCUUGUGCUACUGAAACGACAACAAUAGGAUUGACUGCACCACCAGAGACCACACCACACGACCAGCCUCUCACCUGCAAGACAGGAUGGACGGAGUGGAUCAACCGCGGGCCACCGGAAAUAAGCUCCAGCGGACAAUCCAUAGACAACGAACCUCUGCCUAAAACCAACGAACUUACUGUCGGAUCUCCAAUGUGCACAACCGAUAAGAUGACGAAGAUCGAGUGCCGUACAGUGAAAGACCACAAGAUGCCCAAGGAGACGGGACUCAACGUUGAGUGCAGCUUGGAGAAGGGUCUUAUUUGUUUGGAAGCCGAGAAAAAUUGCCCUGACUUCGAAAUCCGAGUCUACUGCGAGUGCGAAGAUGUAUUCCAAUGUCUGAACUCGACUCACCCCAACAACCCUCACCCGACUGACUGCACGAAAUUCUACGAAUGUACCCCUGACGUAACCAACCCUAUUGAAAAGCACGCAGUAUUAAAAUCUUGUGGACCGGGAUUGUUCUACAACCCUAAGCUGAUGAUUUGUGACUGGCCUACUUCAGUGGUGGCCAUCAGACCUGAGUGCAUGACUAAACAAGAAACCACGACUAGGCCUUGUCCACCGGGACAAGUGUUCAAGGACUGCGCAUUCCCUUGUGACAAGCUCUGCGAUCACUUCAAGAACACAGUGAGAAGUUGGGACAAGUGCAAACCGGGCGAAAAAUGCGCGUCUGGUUGUGUAGACGAAGAGGUUGCGAACAUCAAGUGCGAAUUCGGUUCAAUGUGGCGAGACAGCAAGACUUGUGUACCUUUGAAGGACUGUACAUGUGAUAACAACGGAGAGAUAAUUAAGCCCGGUGGAGUGGUAACCGACAACUGCCAAAAGUGCCAAUGUUUGGACAAUGCACUACAUUGCGAUUCAUCCGAAUGCGUCUCUAUCAAGACUCCUGUCAAGGGAUCUACACAUUCCCCUAUUAUGCUUCCUCCUACAACCAGUACCAGUACCACUACCACUACCACUACAAGUACAACCCCUGCUCCCACUACAACCAGUACGACUCCUACUCCCACUACUACCACUACGACUACAACUACUACUCCCAUUCCAACAACAAUAACUACAAUCUUCGUCACGAACGCGACGAUACCAGAGGCAACAACAACAAUACGUUAUGUUGAUACAACAAUUCUAGUCAAGAACACUGCAACCCCGCCACCAGAGUGCAGUCCUGAGAGAUAUAAGAACUUGAUGUGGGAGGGUACGCCAUUGCCAGACAUUGCGUUCUCGGCUAGUUCAGUCGCCAAUUCACAGUUCGAACCCAUGUUCGCAAAGCUCAAUGGAAGCGCGACUGCGGUUUCUGCUGGUAGCUGGAGUCCAGACCAAAACGAUCGUAAUCCAUACAUCCAAGUGGAACUGCCGCAAAUCGAACCAAUAUACGGCGUGAUAUUGCAAGGGAGCCCACUGUUUGACCAAUACGUCUCUAGCUACGACAUCAUGUACGGUGAUGAUGGCCUCGUUUUCUCUACUGUUGAUGGACCUGACGGAAAACCUAAGAUCUUCCGUGGUCCAGUUGACAACAAAACUCCUGUAAAACAAAUGAUUAAACCUCCAAUCGAAGCAAAAUAUGUACGCAUUCGACCAAUAUCUUGGCACGACAAUGUAGCUGUUCGCCUGGAACUGAUUGGUUGUGAAGAACUUACCACCACAGUAUUGUUCAUUUUUAUUUCUAUAUUGUUAGCUUUGGCGGAGUCAUUCCUAAAUUGUACUGAACCACUGGGCUUAGGCGCUAAUCUUCCGGCGCAUAUGAUUACAGCGAGCUCAAAUAACGACGCCGUAACUAACCUUAAGUUAGAUGGUAAGAGCGGCUGGAAGCCUCUCUACUCUACACCAGGUGAAUGGAUAAUGUUCGAUUUCACAUCACCACGCAAUUUGACCGGUAUUAAGACAAAGGGUGGACCGAGUGGCUUCGUCACCGCUUACAAUAUCAUGUACACCUCCAAUCUGACUACCUUCAACCCCUUGCUCGAUGAGAACGGAGCCACAAGGUUGAUACUUGCAAAUUUCGAUUCAAACACCGCGGUGCUGAAUGAGUUCCGGCCUCCGAUACGCGCUCAGUAUCUCAAAGUGCUUCCAGUAAAAUGGGAAGAGAAUAUCGAGAUGAGAGUCGAACCCAUCGGCUGCUUUGAACCCUAUCUUGCAACAAAUGGAAUAAAUAAUUUCAUAUCAAUUAUGGUCCUACCAGCUGUAGAGGAAGAGGUCCGCGAGGAGCAAGCUCGGGAGAGGCAAACGAUGCUGGGGAUGGACGGUGAUAAAGGCGAGGGGAAGACUUUGAAGCAUCCACAUAACACACUGAGGACUGAAGAGGUCCCCGAGUCGUGUCCAAUGUGCCCCGGCGUGCCGCAUGCGGAAUGCUUCUGUGCUACAGGACUACACUACGACGGAGAGAACUGCGUGCCACGCGACCAGUGUCCCUGCGUCGUGGGCUUCAUCACGUAUCCUGUAGGCUCCACGUACCGGGGAGACGACUGUGAUGAGUGUGUAUGCAAACUGGGCGGAGUGGCUGAUUGCAAGCCCGCCAAGAAGUGUGAAUGUGCAUCGGAUUUGGUACCAAUCUUGAAACCGUCUUGUGAGUGUGUCUGUGAGCCUUGUACCAACGGAACCAAGAUCUGUCCCACCAGUAAGCUCUGCUUGCCACUUGAGAAGUGGUGCGAUGGCAUAUUGGACUGCCCCGAUGACGAACUAGACUGCACCACCGUGGCACCGGUCACAGAAACUGUGAUCACUACCGUAGUUCAGACUGAGGCUGCCACUCCUCCUCCCAUCACUACCUUAGCACCUACAACUACCACGGAAAAACCAAUCGAAUGUCCUAUAGUACAAUGUCCACCUGGUUAUUUUGUCCGUCAAAUAUCCGCGACGCACUCGAGCUAUAAGACUCCAACAGAGUUGCCACCCCCGAGGCCGAGGUACUCGUACCAGAGGUACUACAAGGGAUCUAAGGGAGGAGGUUUCGCAAAGGGUGGCUACUCCAAAACUAGCUUCUCGAAGGGCGGUUAUGCUCCACCACCCCGUCCAUCUAGAAACCAGGCGUUCACAUUAGACAAGCCGACGAUCACAACCACACCGGAUAAGAAGCAAUGCGUUGAGUUCAAGUGUAUUCCCGAACUGCCCCCCAUCCCUCCCAAGGGGUCCACAGCUGCCCCAGUGGUGUGCUCCACACCCGCCUGCCCACCGCGAUACUCUUUGAAAUUGGACAGCGUGCCGGAUGAUCUCAACAAGUGCCCCCAAUAUAUUUGCGUACCGCCGCCGGAACGACCAGUAUUCUGUAAUAUGACGGGACGUACAUUCAGCACAUUUGACGGCAGCGAGUAUAAAUACGACAUCUGCUUUAACAUACUUGCAAGAGAGAACCGCAUCGGAGAGUGGGCUGUGUUGAUUCGUAAAAAAUGCCAGAAAAUAGGCUGUCAGAACCAGCUGUUACUUCUGCAAGACAAGGAAGUGCUGCUGGUCAAACCGAAUAUGAUGAUGGAGUACAACGAUUACGAAUAUACCGUGGAACAGACCAGCAAGAUUUGUUUCCAGAAGAACAGCUUCGACGUGAGCCGUCUUGGAGACGGGAUAUCCAUUAAAUCGAGAAAAUAUAACUUUACUGUCCUGUACAGUCCUGACGGUGACGUGAAGAUUGGGGUGUCAAAGAAAUACUUAGGUCACGUGGACGGUCUUUGCGGUCUGUUCGACGGCGACGCGAGCAACGAUCGUACGAUGCCGAACGGAAAAAUUGCGACAAAUCUGGAGCAGUUCGGUCGCUCCUGGUCCAAGCCCGGCCCACUGCCCACUGACUGCCAGGUGGACGCCGCUCCAAAGGAGCAGCAGAAGAGGGUCUGGGGGCUCUGUGCAGUAAUAACGUACGGAAACAUACAUUUUUUCUGUACUUUACAGCUUGAAGAACCGCUCUGGUGUAAUGGUGCAAGUUGUCGGCUAAAACACCGACGGGAAGAGCCAAUAGCUCAAUGCUCGAAGGUACUAAACCUAGACAAGUGGCGUAGCAUUUGUUUAGAGAAGAUAAUCAAGUGCGCAGACCUGGUCAUCAACGGCACCAAGCGUACUGAAGAAGAAUGUCGAUGUCUGCUGGUGGAGAAACUGGUGGCUGAGUGUUUAGCGGCUGAUAAGAAUAUCGACGUGUCGACCUGGAGAAUGAAGAUGAAUUGCCCUGCGGAGUGCCCAGCUCCACUUGUGCACUACGAUUGUUACCGCAGACGAUGCGAGCCUUCUUGUGGAGGCACAGCCGUUUGCCCUGUAGAGGAUGGACAGUGCUUACCUGGGUGCUACUGCCCCGAGGGCAAGUUGAGAAAGGGUGAUCAAUGCGUUACGCCAUCUGACUGCCUUGACUGUAAGUACCGUUUACUACCACGGACGGAACUCCCGUGCAGUAGCGUAGCAAAGGAGGGAGGGGUCAAGAGGCAUCACGCCCCGGGCUCUAUUCACAAAAGAGCGCCAAAUGGUUCACAAAACAAGAAAUUGCUGAACAUAUUAUGCACGUGUACGGGAGUGGGCGCGCCGGCCAAGUACGUGACAUUCGAAGGUGAUGAUUUGCCGUUCCUCGGAAACUGUACUUACCUCGCCUCACGCAACGCCAACGAGACUGGACAACAUAAAUACCAGGUUUACGCAACCAACGGGCCUUGCGAAGAUAUAUCUUCAGCCGUCUGCAUCAAGACCGUGCAUCUCAUUCACGAGAAAAAUAUCAUCCAUGUCAAUAAGGAUCUGACAACUGGCAAGCUAUUAACAACUGUAAAUGGUAAAACGCUGUACAAAUAUCCUAUAACAAUGGACUGGGUCACCAUCAGCCAAUCCAAUGGACAAGAUGUCACUGUACUUCUACCGGACCAGCAUGUUGAAUUGGUAGUACUCCAAUCCAAGAUGGAGUUCAGUGUGCGCGUCCCAUCGUUCCUGUACAGCAACCGCACACAGGGGCUGUGCGGCGUCUGUGCCGGCUACCAGGACCAGCUCAUCACCAGCAAUGGAACCGUUACUGAUGACUUUGAUCAGAUGGCGGACCUACAGGGCGCUCUGCGGGAGCGCAUUUGGUCUACGAUCGCCUUAUUACAAACAUUUAAACAACCUCUGGGAUGUCUCGUGGGGACAUACACGGUUGUGUCUAGUUAUAACCUUCAAGGGAAGUCCUGUGGGGGCUUACAUGGUUAUAAUAAUGUUCAAUGUUUGCCUACUAAAGCACGCAACCUUCAAGGGAGGUUCCGAGGGUUCCUACAUGGUUAUAAAUGUGCUAUACUAGUGACCUACAUUUACAAGUUCCUAAUCAUAAUGAUAGGGCUGAUAGGAAUGAUAGACAUUGUGGCAAGUCCAAUUAUUCAAUCACCUGAAAAUAAGGAAGAACAGUUAGAGGAGAAUGUGUUAGAGAUACUCGGCGUGGCUCCUCAAACAGAAUACGGUAAGAGUUGGCAAGCCAGUCCCGAAACCCUCACGACCCUGGAGGUGCCCCCGCAAGAGCAGUGCGAGGAACUUCCGCCGCCAGAGGAGUGCGUGCUGCCUCCACCAGAAUCUAAUCCCUGCUACAAUAUCAACGACGUCGCUAAGUUUGGAGCGUGCCACGCGCUGGUGGAGCCGGGCGCGUUCGUGGCGCAGUGCGAGGCGGAGCUGUGCGCGCUGAACGCCAGCGACGCGUGCGGCGCGCUGCAGCGCUACGCGGCCGAGUGCCGGCGCCAGGGCGUGUGCCUCGACUGGCGCGCCGGCCUGUGCCCCCUCCGCUGCGAAGCCCCGCUGGUGUACAGACCAUGUGUAGAUUGUGAAAGGACGUGCGACAACCACGACGAGCUCGAACUGAAUCCGAAGAAGUGCGACAAACAACCCGUUGAAGGAUGCUUCUGUCCGGAAGGAAAAGUUAGAGUUAACAACACGUGCAUAGAACCAACGAAAUGCUUCCCGUGCGAUGCAAAGAAAGAACAUUACGCUGGCGACGAGUGGAAGGAGGAUGCAUGCACAAAGUGCACAUGCAACAAGCUGUCUGCGGAGAGUUCUGCGCACGUGUCGUGCACCACGCAAACUUGUUCCGUGCCUGUAUGCUCCGAGCUGGAGAACCUGAUCUCUAAGCCACUGCGCCCUGGGGAAUGCUGUCGGGAGUACAUGUGUGUGGAGAAACCUCCAAGUGAAAGGUGCGUGGAGCCUAAGAAGAUGGAAUGUGGAUUCGGACAGGUGUUAAAGCAAAAGACCAAAGCGGACGGAUGCAAAGAGUUUGCUUGCGAAUGCAAACCGGCAAGCGAGUGCGAGAAAAUCCCAGAUGACAGCGAAGUUGAGAUGCUAGAACCAGGAAUGGAACGCCUUAUCGACGACUCUGGAUGCUGCCCGCGCGCUGAACUUGUAUGCGUUCCACAAAACUGUCCGAAACCGCCGACUUGCGAGAAAUUCCACACACUGGAAACCAAGAACAUCUCAGGCCAAUGCUGUCCAGAAUACAAAUGUGAAUUGCCUAAGGACAAAUGCGUGGUGACACUCGAAUGGGAAGCCGCUGCGAAGGGUGGCGAAAAAGCGAGAACGACACCACAAGUGGUGCUUAAAGAUACGGACUCUGUCUGGUUGGACGGCCCGUGCCGCUCCUGUCGGUGCGAAUCGUCCCCGGUGGGCGCCGUGUCGCAGUGCAGCGUGACGGAGUGUCCCGCCGUCGUGUCCACGGAGCAGUUCGUCCUGGAGCCGCGGCCGGUGCCCUUCGCCUGCUGUCCCGCCGCCGUGCAAGUCGCCUGCCGGGACGGGGACAGUAUAUACAAGGUCGGCGAAAACUGGACAUCGCCCGUCAAUCCCUGCGAAUCAUACAAGUGCUCGGAAAUAGAAGACGGUGAAUUGGAGAAGAUCACCACUGUACAAAACUGUAAUGAAGAUUGUCAACCUGGUUGGGAGUACUUCCCGGCUCCAGCGGAUAGCAAGCAGUGCUGCGGACAGUGCAAGCCUGUGGCCUGCAUCGUGGACGGCAUCAAGAGAGACAUCGGAGCGUCUUGGACCUCUCCAGACUUCUGUACCAAUUACACUUGCGCUAACAUCAACGGCACUCUCCAAGUGCAAAGUAAGAAUGAAUCGUGCCCAGAAAUAUCAGAUGCGAUCAAAAAACAGUUUGUGCUGAGUGAAGAAAAGAUUCCAGGAAAAUGCUGUCUCAAACAAGAACCGGUCGCUUGCCGCGUUGGAAACAAGAUUUACCAGGAGGGUCAAACCUGGCAAUCAUCAGACCCCUGUAAGAACUACACGUGUUUACGAGACGAGGCUGGUCUUUCUCACUCGGCCAGUGUCGAGACGUGUGUGAAGGAUUGUAAGCGCGGCUGGAAGUACGUGGAGCCCGCUGCUGGUUUGUGCUGUGGACAUUGCAUACAGGACAAGUGUAUUGUGGCAGACGAGCUCAAGGAUCUAGGCUCAACAUGGUACUCCGCGGACAACUGCACGACCUUCACUUGCGAGGGUGUGGAGGGCGAGGUGUUCACAACGUCCGCGCAGUUCCCCUGCCCCGACGUGUCCGCUUGCGCUCCUGAAGACCUGGUCAACGAGACUUGCUGCCAGGUUUGCAGGGAGAAACCUUCCGCACUCGCGACCUGUGUACCGAAACCGAUAUCGAAGUUAGAUUCCGUGGGUCUAAUAAGAGUCCACAUUGGUCCUCACGGGCUCUGCGUCAAUAAUGAACCACUCGAAGGCUUCCAAGAAUGCAAGGGAACUUGCGACUCUGGCACUCUUUAUAACAACCAGACGGGCAGCCAUGACUCCUCAUGCGAGUGUUGCCAGGCGACACGCUAUUCGUCACUGCUGGUAACACUGACCUGCACAGACGGCAGUGUACAGCAACACCGAGUAGCUUCCACAGCGGAGUGCUCCUGUAAGCGUUGCGGGGAACUGCCCACCAAUUGGUACCCGAGCAAGACCGGUCAUUCAAAUCCUUACAAUCGACCGACGCCCCCCUACGGUCGCGGCGGUAGGAAGGAACCGGACGAGUACACCAUCGACAGUAUGUUCGUGCGCUACGGGACUCCCCCCACACCGAGACAGUACUAGAAUAUUCUAGUCAUUUCUAAAAGCCUUCUACGGCUUGAGCGUGUAGCGAGCUGAAUGUACAAAUACUCAUGUUAUAUAAUUAGUUUUAAGUGUUGUAAUAUAUUUUUGUGUCUUUAGAUGUAUUCCAAAACGCACUCCGUAUAUGGCUCAAGAACAUAUGGAAGCUAUGAGAACUAGUGAUCCUAAAAUUACUUAUAUCGUCCUAUUAAAAACGUAGGCCCACUUUAAAUAUUUUUUAAACCCUCUUAUAAAAAAAAUGUAAACAUCCUUAAAAAUAUGUACAAAAAUGACAAGUUUCCAUUUUGGUAUCAACAUAAUACGUAGAUCGGCGCAGGUAAUCUCCGGUUUUUAUAGCUUCAAAUAUGUAUUAAACAAUAUUAUUUUUUUACAUUAUAAUAAUUACUAUGUACAUAUAGAAGUGUUUUGUAAUUAAAGACAUGAAGUGAUGAUAAUAAUCAUUUAUUAUAAAUAACGAAUAUAAUAUUUACAAUUUA